AUGCCCCGAUAUUUGUCCUCGUUACCCGCAGUGAACCCUCCCGUGUCCACUUCACUACCUUCCGACUCGUUUCAACUUCUCUCGACCGAGGACAAAGCUGGCGACGCAGAAGACGUUUUGUUCAAGCAACAAGUAGAAGAUGUGAAGGCAUGGUGGGCAUCACCGAGAUACAAGGGCAUCAAAAGACCUUACAGACCAGAAGAUGUUGUGAGCAAACGAGGGACGUUGCAGCAGGUAUACCCUAGCUCACUCAUGGCGAGGAAACUCUUCAAUUUGUUGGAAGAGAGAGCAGCCGAGGGCAAGCCAGUCCACACCAUGGGAGCAAUUGAUCCCGUCCAGAUGACGCAGCAAGCGCCCAACCAAGAGAUUCUCUAUGUAUCGGGCUGGGCCUGCUCAUCCGUUCUCACGACCACAAAUGAGGUUUCGGCAGACUUCGGCGACUAUCCUUAUAACACGGUUCCUAAUCAAGUUCAGCGACUGUUUAAAGCUCAGCAACUCCACGACCGCAAACAUUUCGACGCGCGGCGGAAGAUGACUGCGGAAGAACGGAAGAAGACCCCUUAUAUCGACUACAUGAGACCUAUCGUUGCAGAUGGAGACACCGGGCACGGUGGAUUGUCUGCCGUGAUCAAGCUGGCGAAGCUCUUCGCCGAGAAUGGUGCUGCGGCAGUGCAUUUCGAGGACCAGCUCCACGGGGGCAAGAAAUGCGGUCAUUUGGCAGGGAAAGUGUUGGUACCUGUGGGCGACCACAUCAACCGCCUCGUCGCCGCAAGAUUUCAAUGGGAUAUGAUGGGCAGCGAGAACCUUGUCAUUGCCCGAACUGACUCGGAGAGUGGCAAACUACUCUCCAGCGCCAUCGACGUGCGGGAUCACGAGUAUAUCCUUGGUGUAACCGAAGACACCGCUCCGCUGGCCGAGGUUCUCCAGGAAAUGGAGCUGAACGGAGCAGAUGGACCAGAAGUGGACAAGUUUGAAGCUGAAUGGGUCAAGAAGCACAAGCUGGUCACCUUUGACGAAGCUGUCGAAGCCCACAUCAAAGCUGAAGGCGGAGAUGCCUCGGAAUAUCUCGCCAAAACCAAGGCAGAUCGCAACAUGUCCCUCUCAUCACGCCGCAAACUCUCUUCUCAAUUCACCAAGUCGCCCGUGGGUUGGUCUUGCGACGUCCCUCGAACUCGCGAAGGUUUCUACCAUUACCGAGCGGGCAUUCCUGCUGCAACCAAGCGUGCCAUUGAGUUCGCCCCUUAUGCGGACCUUCUCUGGCUGGAGACUGCCGACCCCAGCGUGUCGAAAGCUGCCGGUUUCGCUCGGGAGAUCCGUGAGGCCUACCCUGGCAAAAAGCUUGUCUAUAAUCUGAGCCCGUCGUUCAACUGGAUGGGUCAGGGCUUCAACGAUACUUCGCUCAAGUCAUUCGUAUGGGAUCUUGCCAAGGAAGGCUUCGUGCUUCAGCUGAUCUCCCUUGCCGGACUCCAUUCCACGGCCACGAUUAGCGCGGAGCUGUCGCGAGGCUUUAAGGAAGACGGAAUGCUCGCCUAUGUCAAGCUGGUCCAGAGUCGGGAGAAGGAGCUUGGGGUUGAUGUUCUCACUCAUCAGAAGUGGAGUGGAGCGCCAUACAUCGAUGGAAUUAUUGGCGCCAUUCAAAGCGGCAGCAGUUCUAGCCGGAGUAUGGGUGAAGGCAAUACAGAGGCAGGCUUCUAA